UCACGAGUGCCAUUAAAAUCCUUUUCUUAAGCACUGAAUCAGAAAUAAAGUAAAACUAUUUACGAUUCUUUGGUAGAUCAUAUCUAUAAACAAGCAAAAGCAACAAGCAAGCAAACAAACAAAAUAGAUAAAUGCAUAAAAAUAAAGAAACGAACGACAGCACUGGGUCUCAACUACUUUAAUGUGUUGCGUUCUAGUUUCAUUGGAUUUCCGCACACUUCAAUGACGCACGCGGAAGUGCCGCCAAAACUGCUCUCGUAGCGUAAUUAUUUUUCAAACAUGUAGGGACAUGAACGUUAGACAACUAAGUUUAUUUUACACAGUAUGCUCGUUGCCAUUCUUCAUGGCCAUUAAUAAGUAAGGCGUCGUUUUCCUUUUUUAAAAAAAAAAAAUUGUAUUUCAUUUAGCUAAUUACAGUUAUCUAACCCUAUCUAAAAUCCGCAUAUCACGGACAAGAGAACUACGAUAUCAGAGUUGUAUCAACUAAUAAGAUAAUUGAAUCGAGAUAGCUUUCAACAGACUAUCAAAAACGAACAGCCCUUCAGAGCUCCACCGUUGAGAAUGGAGAAUGCGGCUGCAUCCACCAAAGAAGAGGGCUUCCUCACCAGGAUGGCACUUAACGAUAACAAGGCUGGUAUGGAGGGUCUUGACAGAGACAAGAUCAAUAGGGUCAUCAUGGAGGCAUCCAAGGGAUCCAAGUUUUACGAGAAUGAGCUGAAGAGAGAGCAGCAGGUGAAUCAGCGCAUUGAGAAAAUGAUGCUCCAAAAGGCACAAAUCACAGAACAGCAAUUAAAGAAAGCACAAGUUCAGGUGGAGAAGAUGGCCUCGGCCCUGGAGAGAAGUCGUGAUCUAAGCCGUGUGAUUGUGCAUGUGGACAUGGAUGCUUUCUAUGCUGCUGUGGAGAUGCGAGACUGUCCUGAGCUGAAAGACAAGCCCAUGGCUGUGGGAUCCAUGAGUAUGCUGUCAACAUCUAACUACCAUGCCAGGAAAUAUGGGGUUCGAGCUGCCAUGCCUGGGUUCAUUGCAAAGAAACUCUGCCCAAACUUGGUCAUUGUUCCAGUUAACUUUGAUAAAUACAGAGCUGUGAGUGAUGAGAUCCGGGAGAUUUUUGCAGACUAUGACCCUCACUUCCAGCCACUGAGCCUAGAUGAAGCCUACCUGGAUUUUACAGACCACCUGGAGCAGAGGCAGAGUUGGCCGGAGUCCUCACGUAUGCACCGCUACCGCACCACAAGCAUCGCUGCAGAUGCAAAGCUGAUUGAACCUCUUAAAAAGGAAGAAGCAGAGCUAAAAGACCUCUCUCCAGUCCUGUUUGAGGAUACUCCAAACUCUUCUCCCCGCCUGCUGGGUCCUGAGGGUUCUGGUGGUGGUUCUGAGGUUUUUGGGACAUCUAUUGAGGAGGCUGUGAGAGAGAUGCGCUUCCGCAUUGAGCAAAAGACCACCCUGACUGCUAGUGCAGGAAUUGCUCCAAACAUGAUGCUUGCCAAGGUAUGCAGUGACAAGAACAAGCCCAAUGGACAGUACAGACUUCCGCCCACCAGAGAGGCGGUCAUGGAAUUCAUCCAGAAUCUUCCAGUUCGCAAAAUUUCUGGGAUAGGGAAGGUGAGUGAGAAGAUGCUGAAUGCUCUGGGUAUCAGCACCUGCCACCAUCUCGGCCAGCAGAUGGCACUCUUGUUGUUGUUGUUCUCGGAGACAUCUUGCCAUCAUUUCAUGCAGGUUUCUCUGGGUCUGAGCUCCACACAUAUACCCAGGCAUGAAGAAAGAAAAAGCAUGAGCACAGAGAGGACAUUUAAAGAGCUCAGUAAAACAGAGGAGCAGCUGUCUUUAUGCAGGGAGAUUUGUGAAGAUCUGGCAGAGGACAUGAAGAAAGAAGGUCUGAAGGGUAAGACUGUUACACUGAAGCUGAAGAACGUGAACUUUGAGGUGAAAACCAGGGCGCAGACACUCCCUUAUGCUGUUGCUACAAUGGAGGAGAUCUUUGCCGUUGCUAAGGACCUACUGAAAAUGGAAAUAGAAAAUGAAAGCCCCCAGCCACUCAGACUGAGGCUCAUGGGUGUUCGAGUAUCUGCCUUUUCCAGUUUGGAUGAUAAAACGCCCAUGCAGAAGAGCAUCAUUGGCUUUCUUCAGCCAGGAAGAACAAACUGUACUGACUCCUCCCAAGGAAAUCAUCAAAAACGUGAAAAAGAGCAGCUCUCUGAUCACCCCUCCCUGCUUCUGCAACCCCCUUCAGUACAGAAUGGCCAGAAAAAAGAGGAACUCCGCUGGCAGAGUAAGCAGAGGGACUCUGGCGGAAGUCAGGCUGGUGAGGAAUCACAACAGUCAUUCUUCCGAAGGGCUCAUGCCAAAAGGCUGCAACUCCAGGCGGCAGAUGCAGAUGCAAGCACACAACAGGAUGGAUGUGGGGAAAAGACUUGUGUGACUGCUUCUAUAAGCACUUCUUGUAAAGAGAGUGUAGAGUCAUCGACAAAAGCAAGAAAGAGUAACUAUGCUGGGCCAGGAUUCUCAGAAGAUGAAUCUACUUCUGUCUGGGCCCUUGCAUCCACAUCAGGCUGUGCAGCACAGUCAGAAACCCUCACGUGUCCAGUGUGUUUCAGGCAGGUGGAGACAACCGAUUUAAAUGUCUUCAACGCUCAUGUAGAUGUCUGUCUUAAUGACGCUGCUAGCAAACCAAAGAAGAGCACAUUUUCAGACGAAGAGUCAGUUUUGGAUCCAGAGGAGGAACGUCAAGGAUGUGAAGGACAGCACAAACAGGCAGAGGAUGAGGUUGAAGAGGAGCAUUUAAUAAACGUUGAAGAGCUGGAGUUGGGCAGUGUUUAUGUUCGGAAAGGCCAAUGCACCUUAAAGAACAACUCGGUUCAAAAGGUUUUGCUGAUUAAAGGUGACAACAAACCCGUGACCUCACAGCAACCUCAGUCAUGUCACAGUAAAAGUCCCGUCCUCCGCUGCCCAGUAUGUCAGCUGACCCAAGACACCGAUGACCUCACUGUCUUUAACCACCAUGUUGACCUCUGCCUGAACCAAGAGGUCCUACAUGAGCUCAGGGGACAGACGACAUUUACCAUAAAUCCAUCUGCAGUUAAAAAUAGUAAGACCACAGAAAAAGGACUUUUCCUACCACAGCAAGCAAGUAAAGGCAAAGGUAAAAGACGUGACUCGCCUUCCUCUCCUCCCUCAAAAAAAGCUAAAAGCCAAGGUCUCUGCAACACCAUAGACAAGUUCUUCAGGUGACAGUGUGCAUGUCGAUCUGGAUGAAGCAAGCAAGCCUUUAAGUGGGCAGCAGCAACAUGCAACUCUUCAAAGCUUAUGAUUUCACUGGACAGGUCAUAUUUAUGCAAUGCACAAUCCUUGCACACAAAGCCAAGUUCUGUGUUCUCCUUAAAAAGCUGCUAAACAAGAAGCUAAUCACUUGCACCUAUUAUGCCUUUUUUAUAAGCCAUACACCAAUUUAAAUACAUUUUCAACAGGUUUGUUGUAAUUUCAGCAAAGUAAUAAGGAUAGUGCCAAUUUAAUCUUUUCUGCAGUAAAGUUGUCAUUUUAAUCUAUGCUAAAUGGAGCUCGAGAGUAUUUACUAUCCACUACCGAGCUGUGAAUUUUAAUUUUAAGAAGUUAUUUUAUUUUUGUAUUUUAGCACUUUCCUAUCAUAUUUAGUUAAUUUAUGCUGUCAGAAUUUAUAAUGAAAGUUUCUAUUAUGUAAAUUGUUGCAAUGAAUAAAUAAAUUAUUGUGCCUAAACACUCAAGUGUAGUG